CAGGAGCUGCGGGGACAGCGUGAGGGCGGGCAGGGACAGCAACAGGGCCGGGAGCAGAUGACAGCACUGGGGAGGAAACGCUGAGCGAGCGACGAGUGACUGCAGGGUGGCUGUGGGGGGGCAGGAAGGGAGGAGCGGGCAGGGAAGGGCUUCACAGUUACAGACUUGUCCCUCUCGGUCCCCACGGCGUCCGACCAGCACAGCCAUGGCUGAGGGCCAGAAACGACGGGGCUUCAAGAAAUUCAAGUUCUUCAAGUUCAAAGGCUUUGGGAGCCUGAGCAACAUCCCUCGCUCCUUCACCUUCCGGCGUGUCUCUGUGGUCCCCAGCUCUCCUGAGACUCUCGGGCCACAUCUCCCACCUCCCCACGGCUUCCUGGGAGAGCCCUUUGACAGCACUCAGGAUGAUCUCAACACCGUGCCCAAGAGCCCUGGCCCCUAUGCCCAGUCAUCAAACAUGUACUCCCACAUGGGCACCAUGCCCAGGGUGAAUCUGGGCAAUGCAGGGAAGAGCCUGGGCAAAGACAAGAGUAGCCAGAACUGCUGGGAGAAAGGGAGUCCCAGCAACAAAACCCCCCAGACAGCCCCACUCCCCAGCCUCAAGUGCCCUGAGAUAUCCAGCACUCCUGGCCCAGGCACAGAUUCACCCUCGGCUGCUGGACAAGCAGAGCAGGAGGGGGAAGAAGCUGAACCUGGAGACACCCUGGAGGCAGCAAUGGCCAGGACAGACCAGGAGCCUGUGGGAAAUGUCUCCUGCCCUAGGACAGAGGCACCGAGUUCCAGCCUGGCUCCAAAACCCAGCCCAACCACAAACCCUGACACAGCAGCUGGAGCAGAGACCACUGAUGGGGAUCUGCUGGAAAAGGGACAAGAGCAUCCUGACAAGAUCUCUGCAGACAGCCACCACGAUGGCCUGGAGUCUGGCAGUGAAUACGUGAAGUUCUCCAAGGAGAAAUACAUCCUCGACUCAUCGCCAGAAAAGCUUCACAAGGAGCUGGAAGAGGAGCUGAAGCUGAGCAGCACUGACCUGCGCAGCCAUGCUUGGUACCAUGGCCGCAUCCCCCGGGAGGUGUCCGAGAGCCUCGUGCAGAGGAAUGGCGACUUCCUCAUCCGUGACUCGCUCACCAGCCUGGGUGACUACGUCCUGACGUGCCGCUGGCGCAACGAGCCGCUGCACUUCAAGAUCAACAAGGUGACGGUCAAGUCCAGCGAUGGCCAUACCCACGUCCAGUACCUCUUUGAGCAAGAGAGCUUUGAUAACGUGCCUGCCCUCGUCCGCUUCUACGUGGGCAACCGCAAGGCGAUCUCAGAGCAGAGCGGGGCCAUCAUCUACUGCCCCAUCAACCGCACCUUCCCCCUGCGGUACCUGGAAGCCAGCUACGGGCUGGCCAACGGGAAACAUGGGGGACCCCACAGCCCCUCCUCCCAGAAAGGGGGGCACAUCAAGAGGAGGAGCAUCACCAUGACAGACGGCCUGACCGCAGACAAGAUCACCAGGGCUGAGGGGUGCCCGACCAGCGUGUCCCUGCCCCACCACAGAGACAUCAUUCGCAACUGUGCUGUCAGCGUGGACCAGAUCCAAGACCUGCACUCCCCGAUGUCCCCCAUCUCUGAGAACCCAGCAUCACCCGCCUACAGCACAGUCACACGACUAAAGCCACAUGCCUGCCAAGCGUCUGGAAUCACCCCAGCCUCUCCAGUCAUAAGAAGGUCCAGCGAACCCCAGCUGUGCCACGGGAGCAGCAGCAAACCUCUUCCAGACCCUGCCCACAGCUCCCAUUCGACCCCCUGCCAUGGCUAUGCCCGUGCCUCCCCCUCUCCCUCCGUGAACAGCUACAGUGACCCGGACACGGGGCACUACUGCCAGCUGCACCCCUCCUCACCCAUCAGCAGGGACCGGCCAGCCCACGACACCAAGCAGCUACCAACAAAGAGCUACGUGGAGAGGCUAAAGGUGGAGGAAGGACAGAGAGGGACUGUGGAGAAUAGCUCUGGGGAAGCAGAGGCAGGGCAGAGGCUGAAAGCAGAGCUGGACUUCAAGGGCUUUGUGCCCCCCACCAUGGAAACAACCUCCUCCUUCAAUCCUGCUGCCUUCCAGUCCCUGCUCAUCCCCCUGGAUAACAAACCUCUGGAGAUGACUGUGCUAAAGAAGGUCAAAGAGCUGCUGGCAGAGGUGGAUGUGAAGACCCUGGCUAAACACAUCACCAAAGUGGACUGCCUGGUUGCCCGGAUAUUGGGUGUGACAGUAGAGAUGCAGCGGCUCAUGGGGGUGAGCUCUGGCAUGGAGCUGCUCACCCUUCCCCACGGCCACCAGCUCCGCCUGGACCUGCUGGAACGGUUUCACACCAUGUCCAUCAUGAUCGCUGUGGACAUCCUGGGCUGUACAGGCAGCACGGAGGAGCGGGCAGCCCUACUCCACAAAACCAUCCAGCUGGCUGCCGAGCUGAAGAGCACCAUGGGGAACAUGUUCAGUUUUGCAGCUGUAAUGGGCGCCCUAGAAAUGACGCAGAUUGCCCGGCUGGAGCAGACCUGGAUGGUGCUGCGGCAGCGGCACACAGAGGGUGCAAUCCUCUAUGAGAAGAAGCUUAAGCCAUUCCUGAAGAGCCUGAAUGAAGGGAAAGAAGGGCCACCGCUGACCAACACCACCUUUCCCCACAUCAUACCCCUUGUGACUCUCCUGGAGCGGGACGAGGCUCUCACAGAAAGCCCCGAGCCCUGGGAGGCCACCGACAACGGCGUGGAGGUGGUCAUGGCCCACCUGGAGGCAGCACGGUUGGUGGCUCACCAUGGUGGGCUCUACCACACCAAUGCUGAGGUGAAGCUGCAGGGUUUCCAGGGCAAAGCAGAGCUGCUGGAAGUCUUCAGCACCGAGUUCCAGCUGCGACUGCUCUGGGGCAGCCGUGGGGCUGAGAGCAGCCAGGCUGAGCGCUACGGGAAGUUCGACAAGGUCCUCACUGCCCUGUCCCACAAGCUGGAGCCAGCAGUGCGCUUCAGUGAGCUGUAAAUCCCCCC